GGAAGCGGCCGGAGCCGCGCUGUGAGCGGCCUGGGCCCGGCGAAGCCGGGCCGGCCUCGGUAAGCUGCCGGAGCUGCACCCCGGACCCCGGGGUAUCGCGCGCCCCUGAGCACACCGCGGGGCGCGGGAGGGAGAGACGCGCCAGCAGGCGAAAGAGACGAGAGGGGGGUCCCGGCCUAUCCCGGGAAGAGCGCUGCCCUAGGCUACGGCGGAGGGAGGGUGCGACGCCAGGCAACGCCCGGGCCUCGUAGGACCCCCAACGGGCUGGGGCGGGGCCUCCGCGGCGCCCCUCCCUCCGCCAGCUGGGCCCCGCCCCUCCUCCCAGCGCGGGGUCCCGGGUCGCCCUCCCGCCCACGCCCAGGCCCCAGUGUCGGGCUCCCCCCAGGGUGCCAUGGCUUCGCGGCUCCUGCACCGGCUGCGGCACGCCCUGGCCGGCGACAACCCGGGGGAGGCGGCGACCGGUCCGGAGACCGAGCAGUUCCCGGAGAGCUCGGAGCUGGAGGAUGACGACGCCGAGGGCCUGUCCUCCCGCCUCAGCGGCACCCUCAGCUUCACCAGCGCCGAGGACGAAGAGGAGGAGGACGACGAGGACGACGGGGAGGUUGGCCCCGACCCGCUGCCCUCCGGAGACGGGGCGUCAGGAGAAGAUGCAGAUGGGAGCUCUCCACCUGAAGGGCAGCGGGGCAGUCAGCCACUGGCAAGGCAGUUGCAGGAUUUCUGGAAGAAGUCCCGGAACACCCUGGUGCCCCAGCGGCUGCUCUUCGAGGUGACCAGCGCCAAUGUGGUCAAGGACCCACCCUCCAAGUACGUGCUCUACACCCUCGCCGUGAUGGGUCCAGGGCCACCCGAUCGCCAGCCAGCCCAGAUCUCUCGCCGCUACUCGGACUUUGAGCGGCUGCAUCGAAACCUGCAGCGACAGUUCCGGGGCUCCAUGGCUGCCAUCUCAUUCCCCCGGAAGCGCCUGCGCCGGAAUUUCACCGCAGAGACCAUCGCCCGCCGGAGCCGGGCCUUCGAGCAGUUUCUGAGCCACCUGCAGGCAGUGCCUGAGCUGCGCCGUGCCCCGGACCUGCAGGACUUCUUUGUGCUGCCCGAGCUGCGGCGGGCGCAGAGCCUCACCUGCACUGGCCUCUAUCAUGAGGCUCUGGCACUCUGGGCCAAUGCCUGGCAGCUACAGACCCAGCUAGGCACCCCCUUGGGCCCAGACCGCCCACUGUUGACCCUGGCUGGGCUGGCUGUGUGUCACCAGGAGCUGGAGAACCCUGGGGAGGCCCGGGCGUGUUGUGAGAGGGCCUUGCAACUGCUGGGGGACAAGAACCCCCACUCUCUACUGGCACCCUUUCUGGAAGCCCACGUCCGGCUCUCCUGGCGCCUGGGCCUGGACAAACGCCAAACAGAGGCCCGACUCCAGGCCCUGCAGGAGGCAGGCCUGACCCCCACGCCACCCCCCAGUCUCAAAGAAUUGCUUAUCAAGGAGGAACUGGACUGACUUUGCCUAGACUUAAGGCCACUCUGGGGAGAGGCACCGCCCCGGGAUGGGGGGUGGGCAAGGAGGGCAUGAAUAGCAGUUGGGAAACUGUAGGGGGUGCUGGGAACCCCUAGAAGUCCUACAAGGAAUUUGUAGUAAACCAAG